CUGUAUUUGAAGAUGGCGAUUCUAAGUAGCCAAUAGGAAUUGAGCGUCGGAGUAGGUACAUACUCCGUAGUAAGUCCAGGUAGUUAAAAAGUGGAUAUCUGGCAUAUUUGUAGCGUUGCAGUUGGACAGCGACAACUUAAAGAAGUUGGGGCAUCUACUAGGUAGGGAUAACCCCGUACCCCGUAAGACAUCCGGACAUUCACUGCAAUCACCCGAUCCUAUCAAUGUUACUUGAUUACUUUAUUACUUGGUACAUCUAAGAACUUCUUCAUCACCUGCACCGAGAGCGACGAAACAGCGUCAUCCGCCCAUUUAAUCAUUUGGGGAGGGCGAGAGAAGAAGAGAAGAGAGAAGUAGAGGAAGAAGAAGGUGAUUUCUAAUCUUUUUGGAGAAGUCAGUGCUUUUGUGUCUUGCCUCGUGUCAUCUAUCUUACUUAUUCAUCACGUGGCAUUCCAAGACAUUUUCCAAGUUUCCCUAGACCGAAAACGGGAGGGAAUUCUCGAUACUUGCUUCAAAAAGCCCAAAUUCAUCAAUUCAUUAAUCUAUAAUCCAUUUUGAGGUCUCGUCGACCUUGAAAUUUAGACGAAUGGGGUCGUAGUGUUCAAUAUAUCGUCCCUCGCUAUACUCCUCUUGCUUCCACUAUGAGGUUCCUUUCUUUCCCAUCAUUCUUCGGGCCCCGAGAAUCCGUUCACGAUUAUGUUGGCGUCCUAGUCCCACUCGAGGAAGCGCACCUACAUAGUCAUUCCGCGAGAUCCGGGAGAAGCGAAUUUGAAGAAGAAGAAGAAGAAGAAGCGGGCACUAAUUCUGAUGACCCCGAUGCCGGCCUACCGAAGGAUGGCGACGAUGAGAACACCGGCAUGCUGCAGAUGAGUGCGGCUGAGUAUACUAUCGAAGGUCUAAGGAGAGAAGUCCGCAAAGGUCAAUCUCGAGGCCAAUGGACCGAGUACGAAUUAAAAUCUAAGCUCAUAAAUAAGGCCAUUCAAGAUAUCGGCAUGGGCCGGUAUAACUGGCAACUGUUCGUUUUGUGUGGUUUUGGCUGGUUUGCCGACAAUCUUUGGAUGCAAGGCGUCUCGUUGACUCUUCCAUCCCUCUCUGAUGAAUUUGGCGUAUCGGAGAAACAGGUUCGAUAUACCACCAGUUCUCUCUACGUUGGACUCUGCUUAGGCAGUUUUUUCUGGGGGUUGGGAUCCGAUAUUAUAGGUAGACGCAUUGCCUUUAACGUCACUUUACUAAUCACGAGCAUCUUCGGUAUCUGGGCGGCGUAUGCGCCGAGCUGGAUAGCUGUUUGUAUCCUUUUUGCUUGUAUGGGGACCGGAGUGGGGGGAAACCUGCCAGUUGAUGGGGCACUCUUCCUAGAGAUUUUACCAGACUCUUCUAGUGCUCUGUUAACUCUCUUAUCCGUGUGGUGGCCAGUAGGACAACUCGUCUCCUCCAUUUUUGCUUGGUACUUCAUUACAAACUGGCCUGCCGACCAAGGAUGGCGACAUUUCAUCUUGACUAUUGGUAUAAUCACAUUUGUUAUGUUCCUUAUCCGAUUCGGUGUUUUCCACCUGUUCGAGUCGCCCAAGUAUCUUCUGUCCCAGGGACGACAAUCUGAAGCCGUCACCGUUGUCCACGGUAUCGCAUACAGGAAUAAGAGGAAAACUUGGCUUACUGACGAGAUCAUGGAUGCCGUGGUGGAUGCUGAAGGUGCCGAAAGAAUACCAACGAGGGUUUCAGCUACGAACAUCAUCAAGAAAAAUCUCAUGUCCUUCUCACUUGGCCACAUAAAGCCACUCUUCCAGAACCGCAAACUUGGCGUUGCGACGCUUUUAAUUUGGUUCUGUUGGAGUACUAUAGGUCUAGGAUAUCCGCUUUUUAAUGCAUUCCUCCCACAAUAUCUGUCACAUGGUGGUUCAGAUGCGCCAGUCGGCGGCGAGGGGGCUGCGGUACACAAUGCCGCUCCGUCGGAAACAUAUCGCAACUAUGCAAUAAUAUCCGUGGUGGGUGUACCGGGAAGUCUACUCGCCGCGUAUACCGUCGAUCACAAGUCGCCGUUCCUUGGACGGAAGGGUACGCUCGCCAUCUCCACGCUAAUCUCGGCCGUAUUCCUGUUCUUCUUUGUGGCCUUUGGUACGACGCCCAAUUGGCAGCUCUUCUUCACCUGCGUCGAGGCCUUCUGCCAGAAUAUCAUGUAUGGUGUACUCUACGCUUUUACCCCCGAGAUUUUCCCCGCGCCCGUGAGAGGUGCCGGAACGGGUGUAGCGAGCUUCCUGAACCGUGUCACAGGGCUCAUUGCUCCGAUUCUCGCCGCUAAUAUACCUGGCGAUGGCACCAAGGCACCUAUAUACAUGUCAGCGAUUCUGAUCCUCGCUGCCUUUGUUGGGAUGGUAUUGAUCCCUAUCGAAACUAGAGGGAGGCAGAGACUCUAGGGGUUAUUUCUUGGACAGAGUCCUAAAUAAAACCAUGGUCGUAUAAGAUACCUUUCACUCAUAAUGGCGUGAAGACUCCAGAAGUCUAAUAGAUGUAUCAUGGCGAAUAUUAAUAGUAUAUGUACGAUCAUGUAUAUAAGGAUUGCAAAAGAGGGAAAAGUUGGUCAUAUUUCAAUUGGUGUAUAAAGUGUCUAGUAAGGUAGAAUGUCUAACA